AUGGCUUCCGCAGAUGCGGAUGCGACUUUCCUGAACAUGGUUUACCCUGUGGUCGUUCUGACGGUGAAGGUUUCCAAGCGGCGCAGGCCUCCUCGUCCAUCACGGCUGGCGAAGGAUCAAGAAAGCCAUGUGGGCAAGCUGGCUGAGACCAAGCUGGAGCUCAAGGAGGAUAUGAAGAGGGAGGUAAAGGAGGAGGCUUCGAAGAAGGUAAAGACAGAGAUCAAGGAGGAGUCGUCCAAGGAUAUCAAGUCGGAAGUCAAAGAGGAGAUGACGCAGAAGGAUAUCAAGCAGGAGGCGAAGGAGAAGGGUUCGAAAGAUGCAGACAUGGAAGUGAAGGAAGAGAGCAACGAGGAUCAAGAAAGCCAUGUGGGCAAGCUGGCUGAGACCAAGCUGGAGCUCAAGGAGGAUAUGAAGAGGGAGGUAAAGGAGGAGGCUUCGAAGAAGGUAAAGACAGAGAUCAAGGAGGAGUCGUCCAAGGAUAUCAAGUCGGAAGUCAAAGAGGAGUUGACGCAGAAGGAUAUCAAGCAGGAGGCGAAGGAGAAGGGUUCGAAAGAUGCAGACAUGGAAGUGAAGGAAGAGAGCAACGAGGUCGUAAGCUCUCGUCGAAGAAAGCGGACGAAGGACAAGAAGUCGCAAAGCGAGUCGACUGACAUAAAGCAGGAGAAAGUGGAUGAGGAGCAGGCCCUGCAAGUUAAGCUAGAGGACUGCGAGCAGCCUAACCCGAAGAGGCGUCGAUUGAGCCAGAAGAGCCCAGACGUCUCCGUUCCAUCCUUCGGGUCGCGAUUGACAGAGUGGGCCGAGAAAUGCCUAGCAUUUCAAGCCUCUGGCAAGACGUGGCUGCCCACAAAGCCCUGCUGUCCGGCCAGCCCGUUUCUCGGAUUGGCGGCAGCUCCGUGGCAAGGAUGUGUGAGAGACAAGACGACAGCAUGUGUGCAGCUCCUCAGCAAAGAGCAGUUUAGAGAGUUGCGCGCCUUCUAUCACGAGAAUCCACACCAUACCCUCUUCUACGACAACAGUGACCCACACAGCGAGCGACAGCCAGCGACCCCUGCUGUCUCCAAGGCACAGGCCGACAGGAGAGAGGGUGGCAAUCAGCACCGAGCAGCUGAGUGCAUGAAGAUGUGGCCUUGGAUGCGGGACCUUCCGACGCGAGCUUGGGCCGGCAAUGGCUGGCUGCUCGUGGAGGACGGCAUGAUGAAGCUCUCGCCGACUGGAGGUGGCUCCACCAUGCAGGGCCUCGAAAUCUUCGAGUCCGUGGGCUCCGUGCCUGAUCCUGGCGAGCCGAAGCUGGCCGAGCCGAGAGCCGAGCAAGGCCAAAUCGUCACGAGGAGUUUCCGCGGCCUGGAGCGCCAGAGCGGCAUUCAGGGAAUCUAUUGGGACAAGGAGAAGGCCGGCUGGCGGGUUUCUUGGCAAGUAUCAGGCAAGCGGAAAAGGCUCCAUUUCCCAAUCUCCAAGCACAUGAAGCUCGGCCUCAGCGAGGCCCAGGCCGAACAGGCGGCCUUGGAGGAGGCCAAGGCUUUCCGCGAGGAGCUCGUGCGCCAGGGGAAGCUGAGGCCGCCCAGGGAGAAGGCCUGUGGCUCCACGGUGAGAGGAGUCAUUUACAGAAAGAAGUUUGGAUGCUAUAAGGUGGAGAUCACAGACCCCUCCACGGCGGCACUUUCAAGGUGA